AUGUCAUCGACAUAUACUUUUGCUGGAAAACAAGUAAUAAUCUAUUGUGGAAUACCAGUUUUUGCUGCUGGUGUAUUAGGAUGUUCUCUUAAUAUGCUUGUAUUUCUUAGUCUCAAAACAUUUCGAGAAAGUUCCUGUGUAUUCUAUUUGACUGUUAUGUCUAUGGUGAAUAUAGGAACAUUAUUUUUGGGUUUUUUUCCACGUAUUAUGGUCUCUCUAUUUUCUACAGAUGGAACAGAAAUAUCAUUAUUUUAUUGUAAAGCACGAUUAUAUUUUUCUCAAAUAUUUAUUGGAACAUCAUUAUCAUGUUAUUGUUUGGCAACGAUUGAUCAAUAUUUUGCUACAUGUACUCGUCUUCAAUGGCAAUUAUGGUGUAAUAUUAAAUUAGCAAUACGUAUAAUCAUUAUAACUGUAAUUAUUUGGAUUCUUCAUGGUAUUCCAUACGUAGUUUUCUAUGAUCAUGUUGUAUCAUCUACAACAAAUCAAACAACUUGUAUCAAUACAAACUAUAUUUUUGAUCGAUAUCGUGCUUUUGUUACUCUUCUUUUACUGAUUGGAUAUUUUCCUAUUAUGAUUGCAGCAUUGUUUGGAUCGAUGGCCCUUCGUAAUGUACAACAAUUAGCUUUUCGUACAGUACCACUUAUUCGACGAGAAUUAGAUAAACAAUUAACUAAUAUGGUAUUACUUCAAGUUGUUGUUAGUAUUUUUACUCUUUUACCAUAUACAACUGUUAGUGCUGUUGCAACAAGUACAAGUACCAUCAAUGAUCCAGUUUAUCAAGGAAAAAUUCAAUUUGCUGUAACUGUUACAUUUGUCUUUUAUUAUAUAUCUUUUGCAAGUCCAUUCUACAUUUAUUUUUGUGCAUCUGGUCGAUUUCGUCGACAAUUAAAAUAUGUCUUGUUUGAUAUUCAUCUAAGUAGAAUCUUUCCCAAUCAAAUAGAACCACAAAUGACAUUGAAUGUUCAGUAA